CCUCACACUUUUCCCCCACGUUCAGCACUUUGGCCACAGUGACAAACGUCUUUUUGUUUCGUGCUGACAUCAUGAACUUGUUUUUAUUCUUUCUUCUGGUCGUGCAAAUACACAGCGUGACGCCUGUGAUUCACACGCUGCAGUAUUUCCAAACUGCGUCCUCUCAAGUUCCAAACUUCCCAGAGUAUGUGAGUGUUGGUUAUGUUGAUGGAGUUGAGAUUAGUUACUAUGACAGCAACAUCAGGAAAACAGAAUCCAAACAGGACUGGAUGAACAAAAUCACAGCAGAGGAUCCAAAAUACUGGCAGAUAGACACAGAGAUCAAUGUUCGUCAUGAGUUAAUUGCCAAACACAACCUUGAAGUUCGUAAGAAGCGUUUCAACCAAACUGGAGGUGUUCACAUUGUCCAGUGGAUGUAUGGAUGUGAAUGGAAUGAUGAGACUGAUGAGGUUAAAGGUUGGCAGCAGGAAGGAUAUGAUGGAGAAGAUUACAUAUCGUUGGACAUGAAGACAUGGACAUAUACUGCAGCAAAACCACAAGCUUUCCCUGACAAACUCCAGUGGGACCAGAACAUAUUUCUACUAGACGACCAGAAGUAUUAUUACACUGAGGAAUGUCCUUCUUACUUGAAGAAGUAUGUGAAGAAUGGGAAGAAGGUCCUAAUGAUCCAUCUUUACCUCCACCCACACCUUCUCUCCAUCUUUACCUCCAUCCACACCUUCUCUCUAUCUUUACUUCCAUCCACACCUUCUCUCCAUCUUUACCUCCAUCCACACCUUCUCUCCAUCUUUACCUCAAUCCACACCUUCUCUCCAUUUCCUCCAUCCACACCUUCUCUCCAUCUUUACCUCCAUCCACACCUUCUCUCCAUCUUCACCUCCAUCCACACCUUCUCCCCACGUUGUCUUCUGUUCACACGUGACAUCACUUCCUGUGCAGAGCUUCCAGAGGUGUUCCUCCUCCAGAAGACGCCAUCCUCUCCAGUCACCUGCAUGGCGACAGGUUUCUACCCCGACUUAGCCGACCUGUUUUGGAGGAAAGACGGUGAGCAGAUCUUCGAGGACGUGGAGCACGGAGAGCUGCUCCCCAACCACGACGGAACCUUCCAGAUGUCGGUGGAGCUGAAAGUGGAGGUGACGGCCGAGGUGGAGGGCAAGUACGAAUGUGUGUUCCAGCUGUCUGGCGUCAAGGAGGACCUGGUCACCAAGCUGGAGAGAAGAAGCAUCCUGAGCAACGCAAGCCAUGAAGACAACUGGAGCGUCGCCCUCGCUGCCACGGCGGCGGUCGUCGCUGUGGCGGCCGUCCUGGCGGCCAUCAUCAUCGUCAUGGUCAGGCGUCACAGAAACACCGGUGAUGCAACCGGGGCCGGGAAAGACUGUGCACUUGCAAUCGUGCCAGUCAGAGUUAAGGCGGGAAAAGGGAACAGGUAUGUUCAGACCUACGCCUUCCUCGAUCCAGGCAGCACGGCAACAUUUUGCACGGAGAAUCUAAUGAACCAACUAAAGGUGAAAGGACGCAAAACAGAAAUUAUUUUGCGAACAAUUGGACAGGAAACGCCUGCGAAGACCUAUGAGGUCAGAGGACUGGAGGUUGGAGACUUGGAAGGGUUCACAUCACUGGACCUGCCGAAAGUGUAUACACAGAGCAAGAUACCUGUCUCAAAGAAAAACAUCAUCACAAAGGCUGACUUGAAGAGGUGGUCAUAUCUUGGUGGCAUUGACUUAAAGGAAAUUGAGGCCGACAUUGAGCUUCUUAUUGGGACUGAUGUUCCUCAAGCAAUGGAGCCGUGGAAUAUAAUAAACAGUCAAAAGAAUGGACCAUAUGCAGUCCAAACCAUACUGGGAUGGGUGGUAACUGGACCACUCAGUUGCAGUGCUACAGAACAUGCUGGGCCCAUUGCAGUGUCAACUAACAGAAUCUCAGUAUUUGAGCUGAAGGACCUCCUCAUCAGACAAUAUAACCAGGAUUUCUCUGAGAAAAUAUUUGAGGAGAAAAAUGAGAUGUCAGUUGAAGAUAACUGUUCUAUGGAGAUCGCCUCAAGUUCAAUGUUUCUUAAAGAUGGUCACGAUCCUCUGCCACUGCCUUUCCGGGAUAAAGACAAAGUCACACCUCAGGAUAAGUUCAGAGAGAAAGAAAGACAUCGGCAUUCCUCCUCUUCUUGUUCCAAAAAAGGCCAUGACAAAGAUAAAGAAAAGGUCAAGAAGGACAAAGGAGACAAACGUGACAAAACAGAGGAACUCAGAGACCUGUACGGUCGAAGGGGAAGCUUACCUUUUGAUAAAGAGCCAAUGCCCUUAGAGGCUGAUCCUUACACAUUCCCAUACGGCACAAAAGGAGAUGGCGAAGACGUGCACAGAACAAUCGAAAAGGAGAAAAAUAAGAAAAUCAAGGACUCCACCAAGGACAAGACCAUGGAACAAGGAAACAUAUAA